AUGCCCCACCCUUACGAACUUUCCGUUGCGGAAGCCGUUAGCCUGAUUAGUACUCGCGAGUUGUCGCCGGUAGAAUUGGCCCAAUCCCUCCUUGACCGCAUUGAAGCCCUUGAGCCCGCCCUGAAGGCCUGGGUAUACCUGGACCGGGCGGCGGUGCUGGCAGAUGCCGAAGCCAGGGAACGGGAGACUGGAAACGGCGGCGCUCUGCAGGGCAUACCCAUAGGAGUCAAGGACAUCUACUACACCGCGGGCAUUCCUACGACGGCCUGCUCGCGGGUCUAUGCCGACUUUGUUCCGGAACAUGAUGCAGCGCCGGUUGCGCUGCUCAAAGAGGCCGGGGCCAUCAUGCUUGGUAAAACGGUUACCACCGAGUUCGCCUGCAUGGAUCCUUCACCGACCGUCAAUCCAUGGAACGCCGCCCACACACCCGGUGGUUCCAGCAGUGGGUCGGCCGUGGCCGUAGCCGCCCGAAUGUGUCCUGCGGCGCUGGGUUCGCAGACGGUGGGUUCGGUACUGCGCCCUGCCUCCUACAACGGUGUCGUGGGCUUCAAACCCAGCUACGGGACGAGUCAGCAGGCAUGGAGUAAUUCCGGUUAG